AUGUUGCGAAGCGCUUCGCAGUCGAAAUUGUUAAAGAGGAAGCGACCGUAUCGCAUUCGUCGCCUUUUCGAUCGUCUGGGUCUGUGCUUAGCGUUCGCGUUCGUUCUCUUUGGUUUGUACUGCUAUAAACAGACAUUUUUGUUGGAAAACGGUGGGAGAGAACCAACAACGAAAACGAAAACAAAACUGAGAAAAGAAGGAAAGUGCGAAGCGCUCGUUCACGAUUGGGUAUCGUUGCAAGAACAGCGAUACGCGCAACGCGCGGCGCAAGCAAAGAAAAUCAACGAUAAACGGCUCACGUUUUUUCUUCAUAUCCCGCGAACCGCCGGUCGAACCGUAAAUUUUUGUUUCCUGAAACACGCGACGCCGGAAAAGGACAGGUGUACGAGAGCGUACGACGAGUUGAGAACAGAUUUGAGCAAUCCGAGGUGUACUUUUCUGGCAUCGCACGAUGAUUAUUCGUUAGUUGAGAGAAUGGCAGCGCAACCAAAAGUAGUGACGAUGGUUCGCGAGGUAUAUUCGCGAACACUCUCGGCGUACGAGUUUUCAGUCGAAGUGGCUAUGCGGUCUGGCGGAGUUCCGACGCCAAAGCCUCGAAAUAGAAAAAAAACGUCGACGAGAGACGUGUGGCCUUGGCAAUAUUUAGUUCGCUACGUCGACGAAGAUAUUCAAAAGUAUCGGAGAGCGUUAGAUGCGAAACAAAUAGAGAAAGCGAGCAUUAUAGAUGCGUACGACAAUCCAGUGUACACGUCAUUGGAUUCGUUUUUGGAAAUUCCGAUGGCGAAAGAAGAUUUGCACAACGCGCAGUUCUUUCAGCUUUUAGGAUUGACGAAUAACACGUUCGUUUCGUACGAACCAAAUGCCGAGGCUUUGAGAGAGUGCGCAAGGAACGAAGGUUCUAAAGCUUCCGAGGAUCUCUUUGCGUAUGCGAAGAAACGUUUGCGACGCGAAAUAGAUGCGCUUUUAGUCCACGAGGAACUCGACCAAUCGGUAGCAUUGGCGGCAGUAAUGCUCAACACUCCGUUAGACGGUGUUUCAUAUUACGAAGGUAAAGGAAACUUGGAGAGCAUCAUGGAAAACAUUUUGCGGAGAACGACGGUCGAAGACGACCACGUGUUUCCCCACCGCGCGAGUCUUUCUUCCAAAGGCGGCGAUUCGAAUGGUGGUCCAUCGGCAACGGACGCCGUCAUAUUUUCUUUUCGCUUAAAACAGAUUCAAAACAUGGAGGACGACGAGUGGAGAGAAAGGUACAUUGAGCAAGAACUCAAGCGCACGAUAUCGUCGUACUUGAACGUCGGGCCACAGGACAUUCGAAGUGGGAUCCGUACGCCUUUCUUCCCGAAGUUUCAACCAAAGACGUGGGAGGAAACUCCAUCCGGGCGACAUCUCGUCUCGAUUAAGAAUAUUUCGACACACUUUAAAGCCGAAAAGAUUGUCGAGCGAUUGUUACAAACGCCACACAUGCUCAAAUCUCAAGAUCCGACAUUGCUUGGAAUCUUCAAACUAUUUACUCAGAAAAUACGGGCCGGGGAUGGAGAUUUCCUACGUCGCUUCGAUGUCGAAGAACGGGCAAGUGAGGCGAAGAGACAAUUUCGGUCCAAUCGGAGGCGACAAAAAAUCAAAAGAGAAGAGAACGUUAGGAAGCACAUAUCGCGAUUGCGAGAAAUUCCAAGGCGGCCGAUACAAGAAACAACAAUCGCGAGCGUUCGAUAG